CAAACGGCGUUUCAUGCAUUUGUUAAAAAGCAACAAAUAACAAAUUCCAUGCGCUUUUAAUACCUUGCUUACCGACCUACCUUACCUUGUCGGUACUUGACAAGAACGAACCUUAACCUAGCAUCCUCGACCCCUCGAAUCUGCAGCAUACUCAAGCCCUAGCGAUUUCUGCUUGGAAUACUUAGAACCCAUCGAUAACCAUGUCCUCCGCCGAAGAUCAGGAUCUUUUGGCGCGUAUCGGUCAACUCGCUGGUCAGAUAAACCGACACAAAAGCCAACAGGCGGGCGUGGGAGACUCGGCCCCUGCGCCAAACCCGACGCCCUCUCACCAUUACCAUCCCUACCACUCGGCUGGCCAUACCUCCCAAUCAUGGGGCCGUGGUCGUGGAAGUUAUCGGUCGCGGGGAGCCCGUGGUGGGUAUAUUGCGCCGCAUCGCCAUAGGACACUCAUUCUCAACACCAACACGAGCGAUGCUACAGGCGACGGCAGCAAGAGCGGCGCUACUCCUCACUCUGCGACCCUGGCAUCAGCUUCGGCGGCUCCUUUUAGCGCGUCCCCGUCUUGGGUAACGAAAAAAGACCGGAACCUCCAACUCAUCAACUCGGCGGUCUACGAACGAGAAUCCCUGGCGCGAUCAAUAGGGGCUGCAGAGGCGAGGCGACAGAAGUUCAAGAUGCUUAACCAACGAGAGAGAGCCAAACUCCUUCGUCAUUUUCAAAAUGGCAGCAGCCACACAACUAUGGCUCGUCCUGCAACUAAUGCCUCUGCCACGCAGUACGAAGUUGUUAUCGAAGGAAUCAAGUUUCACGUCGCCAAAAAUGGCAGUAAACUUGUAAAAGUUGCUGAUAACAACGCCCCCAAGGCCACGCCCAAGCAAGCCGUGGUUGGUGGUGUCAAGUUUCUACGGAGUCGCAACGGCAACAUGGUCAGACAUGAUAUUGUCAAGGCACAACGGUAUGACCCUCGACCUCAGUCUCGAGGAACGCUUACCGAGAAAUUUCUUAGGCAAAACGGCCCUGUCCGCAAAGUUCAAACACCUUGCAGGAUGUUCUCAACAACCGGUUCUUGUACCAAAGGUCCUCUUUGCCGGUAUCAGCAUGACCCCCUGAAAGUUGCCAUUUGCAAGGACUUCCUGCUCAAGGGUGACUGCAUAGGCGGUGAUUCGUGUGAUCUUUCUCACGAGGCCACGCCGGAGCGAACCCCUGCGUGCCUGCACUUUGCCAAAGGCAACUGCAAUAACCCCCAAUGUCGAUAUACUCACGUGCAGGUAACUCCAGGUUCGCUAGUGUGUCGGGACUUUGGCAUCUACGGCUACUGCAACAAGGGCGCCAACUGUGAAGAUCGACACGUGUUUGAGUGUCCCGACUUUAGCAACACAGGUCAAUGUAAGAUCAAGGGAUGUAAGCUGACCCAUCGGGAGCGGGCGAGCGUUCUUCGCAAGGCGGUAGCCAGCAAGGAUGAAGACGACUCGGAAAUGGAAGAUGUGUCGAGCGAUGAGGACGACGAAUCGGUCGACAGCAAUGACAUCGACUCAGAUGCUGUGGACGAGUUCCUGGGCCAAGACGAAAAUCCCGACGAUGAUUGUGAUGACUUCAAGGAGUAUAUCCAGCUGUAAACGCAUGGGACCUUACGAGGCCCAUCAGGCGCUGCAGUGUUUUUUCUUUACUUUUAUCCGAUGGUCCGUCGGCUCACCAAGUGGGCAGUAUUCUUGGCCUUUUUGCGCGGCGUUGGUUAUACAAGCAUGGCGAUAGAUUUGGCACAACGGCAACGGCAUGGCAAAGGCUGCCGAUGGCUGGGAUGAAUAAUAUACGAUAAACAGAACAAAAUACACUUAAUUGAAC